GAAGCUUACCUGGCAGCGCCCGGAAACGGAAAGAAAGAAGCCCACUUCCCACAGUGCUUUGCGAAGGCGCCUUGCUAUCCGGAGAGGUCGGGAGAAAGCGCUUUUUCUCAAAUGCCUGCUGGGAACUGUAGUUUACUACUAAAUCGCGCGCCGGAGAUUGCGGGUGUAUCAGAGACGAAAAGAACUCUGAGAAAGCUCUAUUCACCUCACUCCCCCGUAGAUAUCACAGAUGUCCAUGGAGUUUGGACAGGUCUGAGCGUCACAGCUGAAUCUCCUUCAAUAAGAUGGAGAAGGGCCACAAGGUGGUGGUUUGUGGCAUGGCUUCAGUGGGGAAGAUGGCAAUUUUGGACCAAAUUCUCUAUGGUACUCACAGUAUUGGUAGUGAAUGCAGUGCAACCAUAGAAGAUAUAUAUGUGGCUCUUGCUGAAACAGAUUGAGGCAGCAAGGAGCAGCUGUGUCUGUAUGACACUGGGGGGGGGGUGCAAGGGAGAGAGGAAUUCCCCAAACAUUACUUCUCUGUUGCAGACAGUUUUGUUCUGGUGUAUGCCGUGAACAGCCCGGAGUCCUUCCAGAGAGUUGACUGUCUGAAAAAAGAGAUUGACUAAUGUAGAGACAAAAAGGAGCGAUCCAUUAUUGUUUUAGGAAAUAAAACUGAUCUUGUGGAACAGAGACAAGUAGAGACUGGAGUAGCACAGCAAUGGGCCAAGCUGGAGAAGGUGAAGCUGUGGGAGGUGACCGUGACAGAUGGAAAGACACUGGCAGAGCCCUUCAUGGUGCUAGCGAGCAAACUCUCUCAGGCCCAGAACAAAUUGGCAUUUCCUUUGCCUGGCCAGAAGACCAAAGGCAAUAAUGGUGGUAACUAAAACACUGUGUCAGGGAUGAGUGCCUCUAGUUGCUUCCUCCUGCUGGGCUGCACAUUUGGUCCUUCCUUUUGUGCCUAGUGGAGCAUUAAGAAGAUUUGAUGCUGCACUCGAUACUCAUGUAUGCAGCUUCCCUUUGUGGUCUCUGAAGUCAUUUGA